AUGGGUUCUUCUCCGAAUUCAAAGCCUAAAAUCAUUCGAGGCUCCGCCGGUUACGUUCUCGAAGACGUUCCUCAUCUCUCCGAUUACAUUCCUGAAUUACCAACUUAUUCUAAUCCGUUGCAAGAUAAUCCUGCUUAUUCGGUUGUCAAGCAAUAUUUCGUGCAUGUGGAUGAUAGUGUUCCUGAAAAGAUUAUUGCUAAUAAAGAUAGUCCAAGAGGGAUACAUUUUCGGCGUGCUGGACCUCGUCAAAGGGUGUAUUUCGAAUCAGAUGAAGUUCAGGCUGCCAUCGUGACAUGCGGAGGCUUAUGUCCUGGUCUCAAUACCGUUAUUAGGGAGUUAGUAUGUGGUCUAUACCAUAUGUACGGUGUCAAGAAAGUAUUAGGAAUCAGUGGAGGAUACAAGGGUUUUUAUGCUCACAAUACAAUCCCUCUAACUCCUAAAACCGUAAAUGAUAUACAUAAGCGGGGAGGAACUAUCCUUGGUUCAUCGCGAGGCGGACAUGACACAACUAAGAUAGUUGACAGUAUUUAUGAUAGGGGAAUCAACCAGGUUUAUAUAAUAGGAGGAGAUGGAACUCAGAGGGGUGCAUAUAAAAUUUUUGAGGAAAUUAGAAGGCGUGGCCUCAAGGUUGCAGUUGUAGGAAUCCCAAAAACCAUAGAUAAUGACAUUCCGGUUAUUGACAAGUCCUUCGGCUUUGACACAGCUGUUGAGGAGGCUCAGCGUGCUAUAAAUGCAGCACAUGUUGAAGCUGAAAGCGUUGAAAACGGCAUAGGUGUUGUCAAGUUGAUGGGCCGGUACAGUGGAUUUAUUGCAAUGUAUGCUACCCUUGCAAGUCGGGAUGUGGACCUUUGCUUAAUUCCGGAGACACCCUUUUACCUUGAAGGUCCGGGUGGACUUUUUGAGUUUGCGGAGAGAAGACUAAAAGAAAACGGCCACAUGGUUAUUGUGAUUGCUGAAGGUGCAGGACAGGAACUUGUUACCGAGAGCAUCCAAGCCAUGUACAAGCAGGAUGCUUCCGGAAACAAACUUCUUCAAGAUGUCGGGCUUUGGAUAUCCCAGAAAUUGAAGGACCAUUUUGCUAAACAGAGGACAAUGGGCAUAACUCUCAAAUAUAUAGAUCCUACCUAUAUGAUUCGAGCUGUUCCGAGCAAUGCUUCUGACAAUGUGUACUGCACACUUCUUGGUCAAAGUGCUGUUCAUGGAGCAAUGGCAGGUUACACUGGUUUUACUAGUGGGCUUGUGCAUGGAAGACAAGCUUAUAUACCUUUUAAUAGAAUCACGGAAGGACAGAACACGGUAGUGAUAACAGAUCGAAUGUGGGCUAGGCUUUUAUCUUCGACAAAUCAACCGAGUUUUUUGAUUGCUAAGACUGUCGCUGAAGAGAAGAAGAAAGAAGAGGAAGAUUCGUUUAAUCUGUAG